AUGGAGUCACGACCCAAUACCUCUCUAUACGCAAGGACUUUCAGAGAACCACCGAUCCAGGUGAUUGUAGGGAGUGCCAGGAGCACCUAUUUUGUCCACCCUGGAGCAUUAUCAUGGUGCGAUAAGUCAGCACUAAGUGCACGAAUCGAUGGGCCAUGGAAGCAGAACGGAGCUGAUAGUCCAAUUGACUGGUCCGACUUUGAUGAGCAGACCGUCGAAUGCGUCUUGAGCUACCUUUAUACGCAAGAUUACUACGUCCCUCAGUUGGAACAUGUUCCUGAUGAUAGUUGCAAAAACGAAGAUGACUGCCAAGGUAGGGCGUUUUCGGCUGAAGUUACAGUCGGCGAUUUAUUGACGUUGUUCAUAGCUACUACUGGGAUCGAGCCGUCUACCCCCGAGGCUGUACCAGAUGAUCAAGAAACACCUAACAGGCCACUAACUCCCUUGAGUCGGUGUCUCAAGGCUGGCCUACCGGCAGAUAAUAACCAUACUGCCGCAGGCGCUUGCACCUACCGAGCAUCUCAGAAUCGUAAUGACCACCAUGGUGCUGAAAUCUUGGUCCAUGCGAAAGUAUAUUGCUUCGCACAUCGUUAUUGUAUCCGUGAACUUGAAGACUUCGCACUGCAACGCCUCACGAAGGUUCUUAUUAUCAUCGAUGCAGAAACAGAGGCAGUGUUUCCGUAUCUCGCAGAUGCUAUCCAUGUUGUCUACGAUUCGACACCGGGGGCGAGUUUGCAAGAUAAUCCUGCUCGGAAAUUGUUAUCUCAGUAUGUUGCGUUGAAUUACACUAGGUUGGAAAGCGAGAGCUUCGAUCAAAUCAUGGCAGAGGGCGGUGAAUUCAUAGUUGAUUUAUCGCACAAGUUGGCCAGGCGGCUCAACAUGAGUGGGAUAGGUGCCGAGACUCUGGUGGAACAAAUUGAUGAUCUUCACUUACAGAUAAAUGAUUUGAGUCUCCGUCUUCAUGAUCAAGCAAGCCAGCUCAAUGAUGCUAGGAAAGAAUUGAUGGAGUGGGACAACUGGAAUCGAGGAAUUUCCGGAAAGUAUAGAAAGGCGAGAAGGAAGGUGACAUCUGGGAUCGCAUCCACUUAA